AGGGUUUUUUUCUGAUUAAAAGUUUGUGUACAUUUUCAACGGAUACCAGCCAUGCCUCUAAAGAAUAUUCCAAAGAUCAUUUCCCCAGAUGUGCUGUACACACUGGCUUCCAUGGGACAUGGUGAUGAAAUAAUAUUGGCUGAUGCCCAUUUCCCGACCACAUCAAUAUGCAGGUUUGGACCAAAGGAGCUCCGCGCUGAUGGAAUGCCAAUUCCUAAGCUGUUGGAAGCCAUUUUACAGCUGCUGCCGUUGGACAAAUAUGUUUCACACCCAGUGUGUUUGAUGGACAAGGUGCCCGAAGACAAGGCAAAGGGGCUACAGACCCCGAUAUGGACCGAGUACCAGGUCAUCUGUGAUAACUCCGAGGGAUCACAGGUAAACAUUGAGAAGUUGGACAGGUUCAAGUUCUACGAGCGGGCAAAGAGGGCCUUCGCAGUUAUACAUACUGGGGAGCUAGCGCAGUAUGGGAACAUCAUCUUGAAAAAGGGAGUGGCCCUUUAACAUUCACCAUCAUUCCAAUGUACAUCAUUAAGCCUUAUACUGAUUGAUAAUGUCUGGGACUAAUAAUUUGGAUCAUAUUCAUAGAUACAAGUAUUAUUUACCAUGAUUGAUUUCUUCUACAUUUUGUGCCUUGUUGAAUUACCACAUUUAUCAACACGGCAAGUAUUCAUGUGUGUGUUUGUGUGUGUGUGUGUGUGCAAUUUUAUGUUUUAUCUAUUGUUUCUUAGAAAUAUUAUGUGUACCAUUUUAAGUUAACUACAUGAAUACAGUAUACAGUAAAACUGCGGUCAUUCGAACAAGCGGUCGUUCAAGGACCGGCGUUCCCUUGAGGUCAGAGCUUGGUCCCGAACUUUUUUCAUUCUAUUUUCAUAUAAAAUAUACCUACGCUGCAUCGAAACCUAAUUAUGUCGAGGAGUCCAGCAAUAUUCUCGGUCCCAAGUACACAAAUCAUGCACAAAACCUUAUGGCUCCCUCGAGGUCAUUAUUUCACACUUUUUCCCGAACGCAAGUUCCAAAAUAAACAAAUAAUUACUAGGUAUCAAAAUUUUAGCAAGUUGUAAAAAUAGCAAUGACAGUUCAAAGGCAAUUGAUAAGGUAUGAAAAACUGUUUAACACUGUUAACGCAUGACCGAUAUUAGUUGAUAUGGGCAUUUUAGAAGAAAAUUAUGAGAGGUAAAUGAUGAGAAGUUAAUUGUGAGAAAUGUAAAUGAGUUAUAAAAAUAUGAAUAAACACUACCAUAUCGAUCCAACAUCGGUAUCUCUAAAAAUAAUUACUUUUGUCACUUUGCUUUGCAAUAUGGCCAUUUUGUAAAAAAAAAAUCGAGCAUAUGAGCGAUUUCCACUUUAUUGGUGUCUUAGUUAACAGACUACUUCAUACUUAAAAUACACUGAAAUAUAUUUCAUAACAGACUGGAGAAUUAAAAAUCGGGUUGUUCGAAACAUCGGUUCCCUCAAGGUUUAGGCUCUGUCCCCUGCGACCUCGAGCGAUCACAGUUUUACUGUACAUGUAUUGGUUUUGGGGGUUUACAAUAUACAUCUGUGCAGUAAUAAAAGACAUGGACAUUUUU